AUGGGUGUUCCGUCGUUUUUCAGAUGGUUGUCACGGAAGUACCCAAAGAUCAUCUCCCCCGUGCUGGAGGAGAGGCCACAGAUCGUCGAUGGGGUCGAGUUGCCCAUCGAUUACUCGACUGAGAAUGCCAAUGGGGAACUCGACAAUCUGUAUCUCGAUAUGAACGGUAUCGUGCAUCCUUGUUCGCACCCAGAGAACAAACCGCCUCCUGAAACGGAGGACGAGAUGCUGCUCGCCGUGUUCGAGUACACGCACAGAGUGCUCAAUAUGGCUAGGCCCAGGAAGGUUCUCGUGAUGGCCGUGGACGGUGUGGCGCCAAGAGCGAAGAUGAACCAGCAGCGUGCGAGAAGAUUAGGUCUGGCGAAGGACGCGGAGUUGCAGAACGAGAAGAAAGAGGAGGAGUUGCGGAAAAGAGAGCAUUACGGUGAAGUCAUCGACGAUUCCGUGAAGGCCAAAAAAACUUGGGACUCGAACGCAAUUACACCGGGUACGCCCUUCAUGGAUAAGCUAGCACUGGCGCUUCGAUAUUGGACCGCGUUCAAGCUGGCCACUGACCCUGGAUGGAAGAACUUGCAAGUUGUUAUUAGUGAUGCAACAGUUCCAGGUGAAGGUGAACACAAAAUUAUGAACUUUAUUAGGUCACAGAGAGCGGACCCAGAAUAUAAUCCAAAUACCUCCCAUUGUAUCUACGGGUUGGAUGCGGAUUUGAUUUUCUUGGGUCUUGCUACCCACGAACCACAUUUCAAAAUUUUGAGAGAGGAUGUCUUUGCCCAAGAGUAUAAGUCUUCUAAAAGAGAUAUAGACGCGAAUAAUAUGACUGAGGAGGAGCGACAGAUUCUUUUGAAGCGGGACGCUGAGAAGCCGUUUCUAUGGUUGCAUAUUGGCAUCUUAAGGGAAUAUCUCGCAGCAGAACUGUUCGUCCCCAGAUUACCCUUUGCGUUUGACCUGGAGCGCGCCAUCGACGAUUGGGUAUUCAUGUGUUUCUUCUGUGGUAAUGAUUUCUUACCCCAUUUGCCCUGUCUCGAUGUGAGAGAGAACAGUAUUGAUAUCUUGUUGGACAUUUGGAAAAAAGUGCUUCCUAGCAUGAAGACGUAUAUGACAUGUGAUGGUCAGUUGAAUUUAGCUUCAGUGGAAGUUGUACUUAGACAGUUGGGUGCCAGAGAACCUGAUAUUUUCCAAACCAAAUACAUCCAAACGCAAAGAAACGAAGCUCGAUAUAGGCAAAAUAACAAACGUAACGGGAAGAACGUUUCCAAGGGGCAAGAUAGGCACCCUACAAAGGUCAAUGAACAGCUUCAAAUGUACGACACCUCAGGAAAUCUCGCAAAGGGUGCAUGGAACUUGACAACAAGCGACAUGGUUCGGUUGAAAAAGGAAGUCAUGCUGGCCAAUGAAGGUGACGAUCGCGCCUUAGCAGUUGUGAGGGAACAGAGCGAGAAAAAUAAUAAGAUGAUGCAAGAAAUCACCGAGGAGGAUAUGGACAAAGUAGUCGAUUUUGCUAACAAGAAUAAUUUCUCCGUUGCUGAAACUCUUAAGAAAAAGUUGGCCGCAAAGAAGCAUCAAUUGGAAGAGAAGGAAGCAGAGGAGGAUGAAAAGGAGGCAAAGGUUGUGAAAAAGUUCAAGAGCGAGGACGAUGAUUUGAAGGCCAAAAUUAAGGCAGAGGUGGAGGAUGAAGUUGAUAAUGAGGAGAGGGGCCCCCUAGUCUCCACUCCUGAACAACCAACAUCCAUCAUAUCUAGUUCAGAACUAACGGGUGGUGUGAUAGAUACGGAUGACACUGUGAGGUUACACGAAUCCGGGUACAAGGAGAGAUAUUACACUGGUAAGUUCAAUAUUUCGAAGGAUCAGAUCGAGCCGCUACGGAAAGAUAUGGUUAAAUCCUACAUUGAAGGUGUUUCAUGGGUACUGUUGUAUUAUUAUCAAGGUUGUCCAUCCUGGAAUUGGUAUUAUCCAUACCAUUAUGCCCCUUUUGCAGCAGACUUCUUUGAUAUCAACGAUAUAAAAGUCGAAUUCAAGCAAGGAGAACCUUUCCUACCAUACGAACAACUUAUGUCCGUGUUACCAGCUGCUUCUGGCCAUACUUUACCACCUAUCUUCCGGCCACUGAUGAGCGACGUAGACUCACCAAUUAUUGAUUUCUACCCACAAGAGUUUAAGAUUGAUAUGAACGGUAAAAAAAUGUCGUGGCAAGGUAUUGCACUUUUACCGUUUAUUGACGAGAAAAGACUGUUAGAAACAGUUCGUGCUCAAUAUCCAAAAUUGAGCGAAGAAGAAAGAGCACGGAACUGUCGUAAUGAAGAUAUUUUACUGAUCAGUAAUAAGAAUGCUAACUACGAAAAGUUCGUUAAGAAACUGUACAAAGAUUCUAAAGAACACACUGAUGUGUUAUUCAGGCACUUCAAAACAGGUUUGAGCGGUAUAGUCGCCACAGAUGUCGAGGGUUUCACUCUUAAUGGCAAAUUGCCAUGCCCCGUCCAUGGUGGUUCAUUGCCUGAACUGUCUACAAAUUUGUUUUUGAAGAUGCUCUAUAAAAUGCUUCCUUUGCCUGGUAAGAAUAAGUCUCUUUUAUUGAACGGCUACAUUCCAUCUAAACCAGUAUUAACACCAUACGAUCUUGAGUCCGUUUUUGUGAAUAAGAGUGGAUAUGGCAGAAACAGAAGAGGGUUUGGUGGUAGUCCACAGUACACUGAGAUUCCAACUGGUCCAUACGGUACAACUCAGUAUAGCCCUAGAGUUGGUGGGUAUAGGUCUUUUUUCUAUUUUGCAAGCAAUUCCAAUAAUAACAACAAUGCUAAUAAAAUGGGCAAUAGGUAUAACGGCAACAACAAUUACAACCAACAGCAAAAUGGCCCACCGCAUGUCAACUCAAAUAAUGACUACAGAAACAACAGGAGUGGCGGUUACAAUCCCGAAAGAAAUAACAACUAUCGUGGUAAUAACUAUCGCCAGGGCAAUAACAGGAAUUUUAACAACGGGAAUGCCAGUCGUUACCAGGGUAGCAAUCGGCGUUGA